AUGGCAACGACCGCCGAAGCCGCAGCAGCAGUAGCGCCGCUCACCACGCCCGCUCCCGCCCCCGCAACCGCCGCACCACCAUCACCCGCCGUAUCCACCACCCAAGCAAUCACCUACCUGACCCAGUUCAUCGGCCGCAACCUCCGCAUCCACGUCACCGACAAACGCAUGUUCAUCGGGCAAAUGAAAUGCACCGACAAAGACCGCAACAUCAUCCUCGGCCUCACCCACGAAUACCGACCCCCCAGCGACGCCGCCAUCCGCGCCGCGAUCGCGUCCUCCGGCGACCCCUCCAUCCAGCUGCCGCUGUCGAGCCGCUACGUCGGCCUCGUCGUCGUGCCCGGCCGCUACAUCACCAAGGUCGAAUGUGAAGAGACGCCGUGGGCGCCGGCGCCGGUGGCGUCGUUGUCGGCGGCGGCGGCAUGA